ACGCCCCGGUUGAUCAUUCCCCAGCCGGAAGUUGGCGGGCUGUUGUCGCAGGUCUCUCCGGCUCCCGGUAACCGUGUCCAGCGGGGCGUUCGGGUGUGUCCGUCCGGCGGGGGAGAGAGACCCGAGGCCUCUGUGCCUGUUCAGGCCGGACGAUGCAGCGGGGAGCAGGAAAUUAUCCCGAGACAGAGCGAGCAGGCUCCCCAUGGGUCGUGCCUCUCCGUGGAAGCACAGUUCACUCUGAUGGAAGGGGAUCCCUCAGACACCGGAGGGAGCUCCCUCUCCCCGGAUCUAACUCCCUGGCACGUGCAGCCCAGAGGGCCGAGGAUCAGCAGAUGAUGUGGGCAGAUGCAAACCCAAAAGUGGUUCCACUUGGCAUGGCACAGAGACGCCGCAUCAGGGAGAUGAGUAAAGCCACUACUGCCUCGGACGGAAGCUGGAAGCAGUGGGAGGAGACACCCCGCAGAUACUUGCAGCAUUUCCAGAGGGAUGUGCGGAAUGCCCUCAGCUACAUUGAGCCCUGGAGGAAUUCUCUCCGUGAGAUCGAGGGCCAUUUUGGAACAGGCAUCCGUUCCUACUUCAGUGUCCACCGCUUUCUGAUUGCCCUGAACUUCUGCUCCUCUCUGCUGCUCUUCGCCCUGGUGGUCACCCCCGUCAUCAUCAAGCAGUCUUCUCACACUGCGAACUCGCCAGACACUCCAUUCCCUCCGGGAAACUGCAGCCGAUAUGAUUACACAGACCCUGGGCUUGUCAGCUUCUACGAGAUGAUCUUGCACCUUCUUUCUGGGACGGGGUUCCUGGAAUUCUCACUGUUGUUUUAUGGGUUUUACCCUGCAGAAGGGCAGGACGAGGGGGGUGUUUGGUACCAGACGCCCCUCGCCUACAUCCUCACUGUUGCUGCCUCUUUCCUCCUGAUGUUCACCUGCAUCGUGCACAGGGCGUCACUGGGUUACAAGCAGAGCUACCUGUUAUCUGGCGAUUCGCUGAGUGACUACAGCCGGAUGGUGUUUUGUGGUUGGGAUUUCUGCAUCUCACAGCCGGGAGCGGUGUUCCUCCGUCACCGCAGCCUCGCGCAGGAGCUGAGGAUGUCGUUGGAAGAGGAACAAAUGCGGAAAGUUCAGGCAGAGCGAUCGGGGCUGCAGCUCUGUCAGUUGGUAUUCUGCCGCAUCCUACUGACCACCCUCACCCUGCUGAUCAUCGGCGGAGCGUUCUACGCCAUAUUCCUGGCCACUGAGUUCUCCCAGACACAAUCGCGGGACGGGUUCCAGGGUCUACUGAUUGAAUAUCUGCCAUCCAUCGUCAUCACAACUGUCAACCUGUUCACCCCUCCCCUGUUCCAGCUGCUUGUCACCUGGGAAAGGUACAGCACCGCCACUGAAAUCAAGCUCACCCUUCUCAGGUGUGUGUUUCUGAAGCUGGCUAGCCUCGGUGUCCUCCUGUACUCCCUGUGGAACCAGAUCACCUGUCAAGGAUACCCUGAGACCGACCCGCGAUGCAAGCACUGUGGGUACAACUACCAACAGUACCAGUGCUGGGAGACAAAGGUGGGACAGGAGAUGUACAAGUUGGUGAUUUUUGACUUCCUCAUCGCCCUGUCUGUCAUCAUCUUUGUGGAUUUCCCUCGCAAGAUGCUAGUGGAGUUCUCGGGUCUGGGGCUGAUACGGCGCUGGGGUGCACAGGAAUUCACGGUACCACAGAACGUACUGGAUCUGGUGUACGGACAGGCACUCUGCUGGUCUGGGACCAUAUACUCCCCCCUCCUGCCCCUCCUGCACACCUGCAAACUGAUCAUCCUCUUUCAGCUGAAGAAGCUCACCCUGUUCACGAAUUGUCAGCCCGACAAACGCAUUUUCCGAUCGAGCAGUGCCGUCGCCUUCUUCCUCUUCGUGCUGGCAAUGGGCUUCCUGAUCUCGCUUGUACCUCUGAUCUACACGCUCACCUCGAUAUCUCCCUCAAGAGCCUGUGGCCCAUUCCGCCACCUUCUCACCAUCUGGGAUGUGGUUCCGGGGGCGGUGAAUCACCUUCCUGACGUCCCUCGCUCCUUCCUGCACUUCCUGGGAUCCCUCGCUUUCCUCAUUCCCCUCUUCGCCCUGUCCAGCAUUGUCCUGCUUUUUCUGGUGGUCCGAGAUGUAGGCUACAAGCGCACCAUCGCCCAGCUGAAAGUCCAACUUCGACAGGGGGGGCGCGACAAGCAAUUCCUGCUGCAGAAAAUUGCUGCCCUCAGCCAUCCUCACUCAUGAUUCCGUGGAAGAGGACUGUUAAGGAUUGGCGUGAUUUCUCCAGUUGGGAGUAGCACUGUACUUUGAGCAAUCAAACCCUUCCCUCCAUUGUUAUGUCAUCCGUAUGCUUAUCUAAAUGUAUCCUACCCUUGGGAAGGACGUCCCACACCCACCACUUCUCUGUGUAUAAAACCUAUCUUUGACAUUCCCCUGCCCCCUAUACCUUCCUCCAAUCAUCUUAAAAUUUUACCCCCUUGAAUUUGCAAUUUCCACUCUGGGGAAAAGUCUCUGGACUGUCCACUCAACCUGAGCCUCUUAUCAUCUUGUACACUUCUAUCUCAUGGUCCUUCACUCCAGAGAAAAGCCUUAGCUCACUAUCCGCAUAAAGCAAUACUCUAAUCCGGGCAGCAUUCUGGUAAAUCUCCUCUGCACCCUCUCUGAAAUUCCCACAUCCUAUAAUCUGGCCUGAAGGUGUCUAACCAGGGUUUUAUAGAACUGCAAUGUUAUCUCACAGUUCUUGAACUCAAUCCUUGACUAACGAAGGCCAACACCCUAUUUGCCUUCUUGACCACUCUAUGCCAAAAAUGCUGCCACUAACCUUGUACUCUGCAAAUUUGACCUUCCGAAGUGAAUCAUUUCACUCUUGCAGGUUGAACUCCAUCUGCACUACAUCUUGUCGAUGUCCUGUUGUAAUCCUGAGCACCAACUGUUGCAACCGUCCGUAUUAACCACAAGAUCACCACCCUGACACAGCCACAUUGCCCUGAUUUUAAACACUAUCUGAUCGCUCCUAACCUGAGAUUACAUGAUUACAUAAUGUAGGUGAGACAGCCACAGAAUCUAUGGUCACCUGAAGUUGAUGAAGUUAAGAAUGCACAGUAUGAUAAAUACUGCAAUCAGAUAGAACACUGCAAAGUGUUUCUGGGCACAAAGAAUAGAAAAGGGACAUAAAUAUUUUUGACACUGCCUAUGUGGGCAGCUCCCUUUCCCACUUGCAGAGUGCAGAGCCCCUGGACCUGGUGUGUAUGGAUUUCCUGUCCAUAGAACCCGAUGCCAGCAACACGGCAAAUGUCAUGGACCACUACACCAGGCACUUUCUACCAAGGACCAGAGGGCUUCCACAGUGGCCAAAGUGUUAUGGGAGAAGUGUGUAGUUAAUUAUGGGCUUCCCAGGUGGAUAGUGAUCAGGGACAGGAUUUCGAGAGCAGGCUCAUCCUGCAUGAUUGGAGUGAAGAAGUUGAGGACCAACCCCUAUCAUCUGCAGGGUGAUCCCCAGCCCGAGAGGUUUAAUCAGACCUUGCUAGACAUGCUCGGGACCCUGGAGAAGGUGGAGUCCACAUAUUGGACAUCUGGUUCAUUGUUUCAACUGUACCCAAAAUGAAGAUACUGGCCAUAUUAUCUGAUGUUUGAGCAUGAGGCAAGGUUGCCCAUUGACCUUUGUUUUGGAACUGACAAGGGUGACUUACCAUCAAAGACAUCUGAAGUAAGCGUCUGAUAUGAGAAGGGAGCUGAUAAAAGCUUAUGAAUUAGCUGAGGUUGCAGCUGCCAAGCAGAAUCAAGGAAAUAAGAGGUAUGAUGAAAAAGUGAGGUUCUCCCAACUCCUGCUGGGAGACUGAGUCCUCAUAGAGAAUUUGGGGCUCCCUGGGAAGCAUAAGUUGGUUGACUGCUGGGCAGCUACGCCCUAUGUAGUGAAGAGUCAGGUGCCCAACGUACCAGUUUUCCGGGUGAAACCAGAGGAUGGGAAUGAGCCUGGCAAGAUUCUCUGCCUCUGCGACAAGAGGUACAGGUUGACCCAGAGCCAGACCUGGACUCUGCGGUGACAUGGGACGACUGCAGGGUCCACAGCAGGAGAGAUCAGGUCGGCCCCCGCUCCUGAGAGGGAUACUGAUUUGGAGAAUGAGGUCCUAGAUGUGUGGUAUACGCCACCUUUCGCUAACUCCCCAUUGAUUGAGGAAGAGACUCCCGGCCCUUCUCCCAUUGGGACAGGUGAGGUGUGUGGGCAGCCUGGGUUGCAGCGGGACCUUGCAAGGGGUGAAGUGGGGAUUGGCCAUGGGACAGAGGGGUCUAAUUUGCAGGUGGGCACGAGUGAUAGGCUGGGGGAGGCCUUACCAGGUAAACCAGAAGUAUCCCCAGUAGUGUUGGAACAUGAAGAGGUAGCUGUGGGGGAACGGAGGUCUCAGAGAAUUAGGAGACCACCAGAUAGGCACUGAGGGAACAUGUUUUGCAGGAAGUGUUGGCGUGAGGACAUGACUAAAUUUGGUGGGGAGAGAGUGUUAUGCCUUGGGAAAGGUUUCACUGCUAAUGUAAUGGUUUCUCUGUAGCAGCAGUGUUUGGGUUAAUACUAGAGAUAACAGAGGCUUUGGAAUAUGCGCAGUCCAAUGAGGGGAGUGUGUCCGAGAGUGAGGGAUUCGUGGGUUUUUGUUUGGUGGAAGAUGGAGAGAGAAGGCGGCAGGACAGAGAGGUCGUAACCUGCAGGACGGAGAGGACUUGGAAUGUGGUUGGGAGACACCGAUGCCCGGGGGAAAUAACGAACCAUGAGCUCCAACGUGUGUAUUAGACUAUUUCAUUAAAAUGUUUACUAUCCCUUUAGUCAAAUUAGGAAAUAUAAAGCUCAAUCAUUUAAAUGCA